GUCUCUUAUGCUGAGAAUAAGUAAACGAAACCUACAAGCGCAGAAAGUUUAUACAUGUAGCAUAGAAACUAUAACUUAAAACUAUGACGUUGCGAUAGUUAACUCACGGUUUAGUCCAAAAGCAUGGAGGAAUUCAACACAACCGUCCGUAUAUCGGGUUUCGUGUUGAGUUCACUGAUGUUUCAUCAUUUGAACAGUGAUGCGGAUGUGGAAGGUCUUAUUCUUGGAGAAAGUGUGGGAGAGGAGAACUGUAGGAUCACAGACUCACAAAUUGAUCACAUACAGUUUGAGCACACUAUAAAUAUUCAGAAACACAUCCCUUGUCAUAAUCUCCAUAGCUUCUACAGUAACGCUGGUGAUGUGAGUGAGGAGAAAAUAAGACAAAUUUUGUCUGAUUACAAAGAGGAGAAUGUGAUUGGUUGGUACAGACAACGAAGAAACUCCAGACAGCAAAUGACCUUCAUGGAACAAGUGAUUCAUCGGAAUAUGAGAAAGAUUCUGUCCAGUCAGGAACUUGUUUUUAUGCUGCUCACACCGUCUCAGGCAACAGCAUCAGGCUCCACCCAUCGCCUUGAGUUCUCUGCUUUCAUUUGGCACAGCAACCAGUACAUCAACAUCCCCAUCUUGGUGAGCAACCUGGGAAACCUUGAACAGCAGGACUACUGGAGCGUGUCAGGCACAUGUUCUUCUUUAGGAGAGAGUCAAGCUGUUAAUCGACACAGGACAAAAUUCUUCUGCUCGGGGGAUGAUUUAAAGGAGGUCGGAAAUAUCAGCAACAUGAAUGAUGCCUUGUUAGGAGAAAUGAAGAAAGUGUGUGAGGAAGUGGAGAAGAGUGAAAGAGCUGUAGAGAAGCUUCAAGAAGACAUCACACAGCUCAAGGAGGCGAUCAGGAAACGGAAGAGAAACUCUGAGAAAAAUGAAACCCAAAAACGCGCCUCUCCAGAUGAACCCAAAGAGAAUGUUCUUCUGUGCUCAGCUCUCAGAACGCUCUUCCCCGAUGCGCCUUCAUUACAGACACAAACCCUCACUGUUCAGGGCUUCCCUGUAUUAGAACUGUGCUGUAAUACCGACCAUAACAUUGAUAUUCCCACCAAGCUGCCUCUGAUUCUGGAGAAUCAACACACCAAGAGGAAGGACACAGCCCCCCGACUCAGGAAAAAAUGCCUCGUAGCUAGUUAUCCUCAGAGACUUAAAAGGAAGAGGAAAACUAAUAAUACCAGCGAGUUGGCCUCCGAGAGCGGGUCAGAUACAGAGGUUGAGAUGAACGGACAGAGCAGAAGUAACUCUCCUAUCUUUUAAAGAAUGCAACUGAGCCUGGUUUUAUUGGUACAGCAAUCUAACCAAGACUGGAAAGCAUGACCCAUUUUAUACCUGGAGGUUGCUUAAUAUGCGUGCUCAUCUAAAAUUGCGCUAUUU